ACGAAGGCGUUGCCGUAUGGAGUGAACGCAGUUCAUAGUCUUUAUCGGAGACAGCAGAGGGCAUCCUGCUGCGUAUAUCGAGCGGCAUACAUAAUAUAUCAGGAGAUCGGGGAUUUUGAGGGGAACGAACGACAUUCGACGCUGCCGUGAGUACCACUAAAAGGCGUGCGCGCACAGGCAGUUCUUGCUUCAGCCACUGCUGCUGGUGAAAUAUUUAGUCGUUUCGUCCCCACCUUGGUCCAACGCGAGACGAGGGGAAGUUAGCCUAGGCAACUAGGGACGGGGUCUCGCGUUCGGUUUGUAUCUAUAGAUUUGUGAGAUCGGUUGGGGCCUGUUACGGUGGUGGUCAUGGACGAUCUGUUUGGGCGCUCCGAAGAAGGCCGCUCUUCGUCGGGCAGCAGCGGCCCGGCAGGUCACAGCGAGCCGUGGCCUUUAGCCGACGAGGACGCCAUCACUGAUCCAAUCCGGCUGCUGCAGCAGCUUGAGAUCCAAGUGGCGAAACAGCACCACGAUCACCAUUCACAGCAGCAGCAUCCUCGUCACAGGUAUCAUCGGAGCGGGGAGCGAGACGUCAUUGUCUCCUUUGACGAUGACGUUAUUGUACGACAGCGCCAUCCGAUAGCCGCUAGUGGCGGAGCGGUGGGCGCAUCGCAUUCACUUUCGACGAACAGCGGAAGCAGUAACUCGACCAAGGGUCACCAGCACGGCGGAGGGCAACACCAUCGUGUACGUGGCCAACAGUAUCACGAAGGACAGCAUCGAAACCACGAUGCCGGUUCGACCGACUCGGUUGUCAACGGCGGAGUCUCCUCAAGUAGCAGGCAAGCGUACAUCGUGAACAGCGAAUCCCCCAGUGAGGCCAGUAGUACUAACAGUAUGUCCCCUACAGAUGAUCGUUCACCACUCAUCAAAACAGGCACAACCUCAAAAAAAGGCUCUAAAGAGGCUAACGGAACAGUGAAACGUGCGGGGUCCAACGGUAAGAAGGACAAACAGGUUAAGGCCAGCGGCAAAACAGCCAAUGUUACUGCCGGUGGCCAUAAGUCCUCAGGUGGAAAAAAGAAAAAUGGAAGUGGGGCGGGCGGUAAACGAAAGAACAGCCUCGGCGAUACCGCGGAGCUGAUGUCGCCUGUUCCCGAAGAUGAGCGCGAGUCAACACCGCCCGGCGUCCACGAUGGCCCCACGGAGAUUGUGAUUGAGCCACGCGAUAGGGGGGAAUCAGUGUCUAGCUAUCCUGCCGGGCCUGGCCACACGAGCGCCAAUACUGGCACUAGUGGCAAUGGAAACGCGACAAAAAGCGGGGGACUAUCGGUGUUUUCCCGGGUUAAGGAUGCGGCUAUGAAAAAGGUGGGUCCUUCUAGCCUCCAGCAGACCGUCAUCAGCGCCAGCGCCAAACAACUCGACGCUAGUGGUAGCAAUAAUAGUUCUAGUGGCAACUCGGCGCUGUCCACCAGUGGCACAAUGGGCGGCACGGGUUCUUCCAGGGCCUCCACGGGCCCCGGCCUGAUGCCGCCCCAACCCGGCUCCUCAAACUAUCCAGCAGAUAAUCCUGUUUUACAGAUUGUUAGCGAGAUAGUGGAGAAUCACGAAUACCAAAUGGCACGAGCUGAAAUAGAUAAGAAGGACGAGGAGGAAACAGAAUCAUCCGAUGACGACGAAACUGACGACGAAGACGACGAAGGCGAAGAGAGUGAACCCGGACCAGAUGGCCCGGUUAAGAAACGUCGUAAGAAACGAAAGAAGAAAGAUGAAAACGAAGACGAACCUGAGGAGGAUCCAUUCGCCAACUUGUCCCCUGAAGAACGCGAAAAGAAGGAAAAAGAACUGGCCAAAAUGUCGCAGAAAGGAGCGACUUGGGCCGGGCAGACCGACCACGCGGAACUUUGCGUGAAAAUAAUGAACAUGUCCAGACGAGGAGAUUGGUUAGGAGUGGACGCACUGCUUAAGCAUUGCGAGAAAGGAAUGCUCCCGCCUGAUCUUGCGGAUGAGGCAACGGGCCUCACACCACUAAUGUACGCCGUAAAAGACAGCCGAGUGGGGAUAGCCGACAAAUUCCUCGACCUCGGACAAAAUGUCAAUGCACGAGCCAAGGAUGGACAAUCCGCCCUUCAUCUGGCUGCGUACCAUGUUCGAGAGGACAUGGUUCGACUGCUUCUGAACCGAAAGGCCGACCCAACGAUUACCGAAAAUACGAAGGGCCAUUUGCCCUUGCACGUGUUAAGUUCUCGGGCAACUGGUGCCGCUAUUGUUCCGCUUCAAUUACUCCUCCGGGCGGGCGAAAAGAACGUCCGCCUACUUCCCGACAAGGAGGGCAAUAUCCCUCUGUUUUUGGCAGUAGAAGUAGGAAACCACGGUGUAUGCCGAGAUCUACUUGGAGUGUCGACAAAGGAACAGGUGACGUACGUCCAUCCGACAACGGGCAACACAGCGUUGCAUCUCGCUACGAAACGCAAGGACCUCGAUAUUAUGCGAUUCCUCGUUGAAUGCAAUUCUCCAAUCAAUCAUCAAAACUACGAAGGACAGACGCCUCUGCAUCUGGCAGCGACGGCAGGAGAUGAGCACGCUGUCAAAUUAUUCUACAACUAUAAUGCCGACCCUAACCUAAUUGACAGCGAGGAUCGAACCCCACUGCACAUCGCCACACAACAGGGCAAUGUCGCUGUUGUGGAACUUCUUAUCGACAAAUACAAGGCGUCGCUACACCAUCGCACAAAGGACGGUUCAACGUUAAUGCACAUAGCAGCCGAAGCGGGCCGACCCGAGGCCGCACUCGUAUUUAUGAAGAAAGGAGUGCCACUUCACAUGUCUAACAAGGCUGGUGCUAAAACGAUCCACGUGGCAGCCCAAAAGGGCUUCGUAGAAGUAGUGAGGACACUCCUUCAAAGGGGGGAGCACGUAGAUGUCAAAACAAACGAUGGGCAUACUGCUCUUCACAUAGCAGUUACCCACGGACAAGCGCUAGUAGUUGAAACAUUGCUAGGCUUUGGUGCCGCUGUUCAACUUAAAGCAGGAACGAAUGAAGAAACCCCGUUGCAUAUUGCGGCGAGAACGAAAGGUGGUGAUCAAAGCGCGGAGCUACUUAUCAAAAGUGGAGCAGCUGUCAACGCAAAGGACACGAAUGGCGAAAUUCCUUUACAUUUUGCCGCCCGUGAAGGACAUUUGAGAACAGUUAGACUGCUCCUCGCCGACAAAGCUAUUCCUGACUUGCUCAAUAUACGAGGCGAAAGUCCAUUGCACGUGGCGGUGACAAAUUGUCACUUCGAAGUAGCGCAAGCUCUCCUGGAUCACUGGGAUCGCGUUAUGUGUGGGCCCGAUGCCGAAGAAGAGGAAAAGUCUAAACUUGCCAAUCAACGAAACAACUGUUUUUGUACUCUAUUGCAGAACGGUGAAAAUUCGUUACAUUACGCUGCAACAAUAACGGAGAGGCAAAAACACUAUCCGACAGAAGAUCGUGACAUGAUGCGGCUUCUGUUAGCGCAUGGAGGAGAUGUUGGCGCUGAAACUAAAACUGAAAUGGAAACACCCAUUCACCAUUGCGCUCGUACGGGAAACGUGGUGGUACUUCAAGAAAUUCUUAGUCGAUUAACGCCUGCAGCGAUUCAGCUCUGCUGCAACCAGCAGUCUCGGAAUGGUUGGGCACCGCUAUUGUAUGCGUGCGAUGCCGGCCAUCCCGAGUUGGCGCGUUUGCUCAUCCAAAACGGCGCCAGGGUAGACAUGUUUGACGAGAAAGGCCACGCUGCCCUUCAUCUGGCGGCAGAGAAAGGCCACGAGGACAUCGUCGACAUUCUGCUCGAGGCCAAGGCGUUCGUCAACGCCCGCUCACAGAAGGGUGUAACACCGAUGCACAUGGCAUCAGAGAAUGGCUACGCCGACAUCGUGCGGAAACUGCAGGCCUCUGGCGCGCUUAUAGAUGCCCUCAGUCUGAGCAAGAAGACUCCGUUGCAUUUGGCGGCGAGUAAAGGCCAGUUGGACGUAACUGCACUGCUCGUCGACCUAGGCUCCGACAUGUAUGCAUUGGAUAGCCAAGGCCAGACCCCCAUGAUGCUCGCUAUCGAAAACGACCAUUCGGAGAUCGUGAAGCUCUUCCUGAGAAGGAAGCCAGAUCUGGCCACUAUGUCAAAUGCGAAAGGAUUCACGUGUGCUCACAUAGCUGCAAUGAAGGGCUCUACGUCCGUAAUUAAAGAGCUUAUGAAGUUCAACAAAUCCAUUGUGACGAGUGCCAAGAACAAGACGACAGACUCUACACCCCUUCACCUUGCGGCAGCUGGUGGUUACACCAAAGUAGUGAAGAUGUGUCUUGAGGCCGGAGCGAAUCCCAUGGAGGAAAAUUCUGAUGGAGACACCCCACUUCAUCUGGCAGCUAAAAACGGUCACGUCACUGUGGCGCGCGUGCUUGCCCGGGAGGUGCCGUGGACUACGACAUCGAAAAAGACCGGCCUCACGGCCCUCCAUGUGGCGGCCAACAACGGACAGAUGGACUUUGUUAGGGAAAUGUUGACCGAGGUUCAAGCUGCGAUCGCCUCCCAGCCGCUUCCGGACGGGGGAGGCGAUUACGGCAUGACGGCUCUCCAUUUAGCUGCAGCGGCGGGCCAUGAAGGCGUGGUCCGCAUGCUGCUCAACAGUACCGGAAUCAACGUCGACGCCGCCACCGUCAACGAAGGCAUGUAUCCUCUGCACUUCGCUGCCCAAGGGGGACAUCUGGCGGUUGCUUCGUUGAUCCUAAGUCGCGCAGAACAGCAAUUGUCGUGUGUCGACAAAAUGGGGAGAACCCCGCUACACGUCGCCGCGGCGGCCGGCAAACGUGAGAUGGUCGGCCUCCUACACUCCCAAGGUGCCGAAAUCAAUGCAGCGGACAACAUGGGAUGGACGGCUCUGCACUAUUCAUCAAAAAACGGGUUUCUGCCUGUUGUCAAGAUCCUCGUUGAGAACGGCGCUACCGCUAAGGUUCCAACAAAAGAUGGCAAAGUGCCAUUAUGCUUAGCAGCGGCUGAGGGUCACUAUGAUAUCAUCUCUUACUUGCUCAAGAAAGACCACGAUACGUCCGACCUCAUGGAAGACAAGCAUUUUCUCAUCGAUUUGAUGGUGUCAGCGAAGGUUCACCAGAACAAGCCGAUCAUCGACUUCAUUCUAGCGUCACCGGCGCCGAUUGACACGGCAGUGAAGAUAGCCCGCUCGUACGAGUUGCUCUCGCUCAAGGAGAAAGAGCGCGCAAUGGAGCUCGAAGAGAUGUCGAAGUUCUGCGACAAUCUGGCCAAUGAGCUCCUGUCUAUUGCUGCGUCGAACAAUAACACCGCCGCGCUCCUCAGGGCCAUCGACAACCGUAAUACGCCGUUCCUUGAUGUAUUGAUCGAGCUGCAGCGCAAAUCCGUAGUCGCGCACCCUGCCGUGCAGAAGUACCUGACUGAGUUAUGGAUGGGUUCCCAUCAAUGGUCCAGUAAAAAGGUCCUGGGGCUAUUCCUCGGGUUUUUCCUAUGUCCUCCGUUUUGGAUAGGCACCUCACUAUUCUGCGGCCACAAAAUUGCAAACGUACCUAUCGUCAAGUUCAUGUCGUACCUGGUUUCCCACAUGUUUUUUGUCAUGGUUCUUUCCAUUACGAUCAUCAACCCAUGGAAUCCGCUGUAUCUCUCAAUGAACCUUAUCCCGCACUGGAACGAGUGGCUGCUUCUGAUCUGGCUGCUCGGCAUGUUCAUAGCGGAAUGCACAAACCCCUCAGAUCGCGAAGGUCUCGGCUACAUCAAGACCGUAGUCCUCUUCGUUUCAGCGUUCGCUAUCAUGGUUCACCUGGUAGCAUUUUUGUUUAAAGAUGAUAAUCCGCGGCUCAUCUGUCUCUAUGUGAGAAAUCAGCUAUUUGCCGUAGCACUUCUACUCGGUUUUUUGGAAUUCCUCAACUUCUUGACCUUCCAUCAUCUAUUUGGACCAUGGGCUGUCAUCAUUCGAGAUCUGAUCAAAGACCUGAUGAGGUUUCUUGCCAUCCUGCUCAUCUUUCUGGUCGGCUUCUCAUUAAAUAUGUGCGCCGUUUAUCAGCCCGUCUUCAAACCUGAUCAGGGUGGAGGCAACGUGACAUUACCUGUUCUAGGCGCCGAAUUCCAGUCUCCGUUAAACACGUUCGAGAUGCUAUUUUUUUCCUUGUUCGGUCUCGUCGAGCCGGACUACAUGCCUCCACUCCAUCUUUCACCGGCCUUUUCUAAAAUCAUCGUUAAAGUAGUCUUCGGAGUGUACAUGAUGGUAACUGUAGUUGUGCUCAUCAAUCUCCUGAUCGCUAUGAUGUCUGAUACAUAUCAACGUAUUCAGGCACAAUCGGAUACCGAAUGGAAAUUCGGGAGAGCCAAACUGAUCCGUAAUAUGAAGAAAGCAUCACCAUCUCCUUCACCUACAAACGUGCUUACCUUUCUUCCCGAACUGAUCAUGGAGCACUGCAACGGGAACAAACGAUCGAAAGGAGGCUUGCUAGGCAUGGGCAGUCUAGCACAGAUGAACAAAGACACCAAUAUGGGCUCGACAUUAAGCACGGGUAGUCGAGCUAGCUCUGGCCGACAAAUGCGAAGAGUAGUUCCUUUAGAGGAAAUGGUGUACGGCAUGAACAAACUAAGUAACGUAGUAGAUUGGCCGGCGAUAUCGUCAAAAUAUCUGGAUGUCCGUCGUGCCUCUCUAUCUGUGGUGGAGUCCCUUCAACACUCCAUGCCACAACGGCAAUGAGUUGGUCCCUCUUACGACGAAGACCUUUGCUGCUACAGCCACUACGUAAGUAGGGUUAAGGUAACCUUCAAAGCACAAUUUGAAUGGACAUCGUUCGGCACCGUCGCAGUCGUCGACUACGACGGUUCCCUGAAACCAUCAUCAAAAAGAGCAAACAAGCAACAUGCACCCUCAACUAGAGGAGAAGACAUCGGGGAGCUAAAUUGAGCAAGACACUGUUAGAAAAGCAGACUUAUUGUUAAGACACACAUCGGUUGAACUCCAAAUAGGUGACCUUCGAGCCAUCACAAGCGAACUGUUUGUGAUAAACGUAUCCAAGCAAGAGAAGAACCAAUCUAGAAGAAGAACAUUUUAUCACCACCACUACUAUUACUACAUGCGAUACUCAAGAACGCAUUGAAUAAAGCUCUACGUAGAUACAUUUCGGAACUUGCUAUCAGAAUACGCAUAAUGCCUACUACUAGCCUCGAUUAUCCCGAUGCGUAUAUCAGUAGACUAAUUUCAUGGUAUAAAAGAGAUGCCGACAUCAUUCGUGAACGCCACAGUCACAACUGAAUACAUUAAAAACCCAUGACAUAAGCGUGGUAGACGAAGAUGUUGAAAUCGUCUUCGAAGUCUGUAUUCUAACUGUGUCAUACUACAACAUUACGAGACUUUUAGGCAGAAACCUAAAUCAAACCGAGAGCAGCACUAAUAUUAUUAGUUGACUACGUGUUUCUUAGGGAAGCAUAAGACCCGAACUACCCAUUAGACCGUAUCCUAAGCUAACCAUCCUCUCUGGCUAAGAAAUGAAUGUCAGAGAAGCCACGUAAAAAUCAGUUGACGCGAAGCAAAUCAAUAACAUGUUUGCUUUUAACAUUUCUGAAGUUUAUGAAGGCGUGAGAUAUGAGGAUUCGAAGUGCUGGAGCAAUCUCACGCAAAUUCCCUCACGACGUCCAAUUUCACGAAGAAACUAUUGAAACAGUGACAACAAACAAACAAACCAUGUUAGGAUUCCCUUACCCUUUAAGCCUGUAAUGUAAAUACUAUGCUCUAAACUCGUUUUAGCAUCUUUUAUACAAAACUUCUUCAACACCUUAGAGAACUUAAUGGCGAGAUCACAAGUCUAAUUAGCACCAGGAUAAGCUUGAUGCACCACGUGUUUUCUGGCGGACAACCCGUUUCGAACGACAAAGCCUUCGUUCUGACAUGACCUCAGGUGACCGGUUUAUUGGACUUCGCAAUUCUAUCACUCCUAAUGUGUCUAAUAGACUUUUAAGGACCACGUUUGCAAUUGUUCUAACUAGAAACCGACAUUUCCCUGGUCGGCAAUAAAUCGUACGCUAAACACCCAAUCAUAGCUGCCAGACAUACUCAUCUAAACCAGUGGUCUAAAUCACGUCUAAAAACGUGUUUUAUAAAAUAUUCCUACUAUCAAUCAAAAUUCAAGUCGGUACGUCUGUUACCGUUAAAAACUAGGUGAUACCCCCCAAAAAAUAAAAUAAAGCCAAUAUUAGUCUAGUCGAUCUUGUCCAGACGUUCCACAAACAACGUGACCAAAUAGGUAUAGCAAACUGUUCAUACAUACUGUUUUUAGCAAUAAGUGCCUGUUUAGAUUAGAAUCAGGGUGACAUCGGGCGACAAAAGUGCUAUUAAAAAUUACGUUUGAACGCCUUCGAAAGCGUCUAUAUGAAUAAUGCUAACGCCUUAACGGAACCAACGAUGCAUUUUGAACGCUGCAUCCGAUAAGCUACCGAGUCCAAUGGUGUACCAUAGUGUAAACUAGACAAUGAACAUAUUUAUACGCCAAAUUGACUGUUGAUUUGACCGUUAGUGUUUUUUGGAAAUUAGAAUAUUUGAGUAUAGGUGUCCGUUAUAAGGAAAAUCUAUAAGUAACAUUUUAUAUUCUUAUAUAUAUGUAAGCGGGUCUGGAGGAGGCGUUUGCUCUAUGCGCGAUACGUCCGACGCCCUCCAGUGCCAAUACUAUUGUAAUAGGCUUUCCACUCUCGGUACGGUGCAUUACAUUAGAUGCUUUGUUAGGAAACAGAAUUAUUAGUCAAAUACAUCAUUUCUAAAUCUCCAAAAAAAAAGGCGCAGUCCCAUGCCCUCUAACCCAGCAGCAAUCAUGUAGAGGACAAUACGUCAAAUGAACUAGGGUUCAGUAUAGUAGGGUGCAAAGCAGACCCUCGUUCAUUGCGUAUAGAAAAAUCGUGACAAGCUUAGAUAUUUUUGCCCAGAAUAUAGAGUCAAAAAACGAUAAACCGGUAUGAGUGUUACCCGUUAGCAACAAAUAUAUGGGUAAGUGGACAAACAUUAAACGAUGUAGCACGAGACAAACAUCAUAUGUCACUAGACAAUGAUUUUUCCAUCAACUAUCAUUAUCAUUACCGUAAUUGUUGUUAUAACUAUUGCUAUCCUUAUUACAAUUGGCGGGCCUAAAGGUUCAGAGUCGCCUUUCGGCUGACAUUUAUAUUAAAAUGGCACAAAUGUCCCCGGAUUAUUGAACUAAUACUGCUUCACAAGUACUAUCGCUUAAGGCAAGAAACGUAGCGCAAAAACCUACGAACGUAAGCGUACAUAUACUAUUGCUAAAUGAAUUCAAAUUAUUCCCAAUGCCAAGUUGUAGAGAACGAAAAAAUACGAAACGUAGUCAAUAUUCUACGACUGUAUCUCAUAUGUUAUCGAAGUUCGGAUACUACGGAGAAAUACUAAGCUUUUUUAGUCAUCCAAAGUUUCCAUAGUUUUCAACGUGAGAAAAAUAGCAGCCUUUGUAGAGAUGAUUGACUUUGCUUUCAAAAUGUGCGGAUUCCUGCGAAAUCUUCACCUUCACUAUCCUCGACGUAUAUGCUGACGCCGAUCCCUAAUCAAAGCGAAAACACAGUCCCUAUCGGGGUCUUUUUCUGUUUUCAAGAUAAAUAGAGCUAUAUACAAAAAAAAACACUUACUCUAGAAUACGUACCUUGUAUUUAUAUCUAUACGAAAACAGAAGACCGACCACCGAUGAAGUCGUUAUCGAGCAAAUUGAUUUGUGUUGAUUAAACCGGACGACUCAGGGGAGCCGUUCACGAUCUACGAUAUUCUUUCCCACUAGAUAUAUGCGCUCGUUGACAUCGUUUGUCUAUCGAUGAAUGGAUCGACGGAAGGAAGGAAAGAGGAGAAUGAUGUAUAAAACUUGAUCGUUGAGAUUAAUAACCAGCAAACGUUUAUCUUCCACGCCAUGUCAGUGGAAAUACUACCGCACGACAGAUAUGCGGAGAAGAUUAAUGGCAGAACACGGGGCACUGACUAUAGAACAGUUUCUCUACGCAGCUUCGCUGUUGCUGCUGCAUCAACUUAUAUGCUUUAUUUUAUAUUGCUUAAACACUCGUUCAAACUUUCACACGUGCAUUUUGAUUGGGUGCGACAAUGUCACGUAAUAAUAUUUGAAAAUUCGGUCGUCAGAAUAAGACAUGGCUGACACAGUCGGUCCAAAUAUUGCAGCCGUCCAGAACGUCUUCAAUUCAAAUUCAAUGUCAGAGUGCCUAAACCUAGUUCUGCCUAUAUUGGUAGAUAUAUUUUACCUGUAUCUUUGUUAAGCUAGCUAUGAUUCAUGCCACGCCCUGUCGUCAUUCGUUACAAAAGGGUACGUAGAAAAAUGAUUUUGUCAGCGGUCGACUGACCACUAAUACGCUCGGUAGUGAGCUCAUCGCAACGUUGAGAAGAACUGAAUCUGCGGUGCUGACCGGACGCCUUUUGGCAACUCGAGCAGUUAGUAAACACUUGGACAGUUUAAAAAAUAAGAGUCAUUGUUAUCAAUUUUCGUGAUAAGCAACAAUAAUGGCAAUAGGCGUCGACCUAUUGCAUUGCAGUCGAUAUGACGGAUAGAAAGAAGUGGCAAACAAUGCUCUGCCUAUCAUUACAGCUUCAUGUAGCAGACGGCAAAGUUUGGACCCAGACGGUGGUUAAUCUAACUAACUUAAGCAAACUUUGCUUACGUUCCUACGCCCGCUUCCACUGAUACGCGUAGUUUCUGAUCUCUUUUUAGCCAGGCAUGGCGCUCUAGGGACUGCAACGCGUCUCCUUAGCAGAAAACCAUUCUCAACAAGAAACCCGACAAUUGUCGAAGCCUUAACCGCACGCUCACCGCAAGGUGAUACUGUGGACGCAAACGUCAACCCGUAGCGGUUAACAACGGGGUACUUGAUAACUGGUACAUGUAGUCUUGGGAUUUCCUAUUUACCUACUGUCUAUUUUGUUGCGUUAUAACAGGUGCAGGAUUUUGCUGCAGGUCAUACAAUUAGUUCUUCUCUCGCAGAUCUAAACUAUCGUGAUUAUCACUUCCACCUGCUAUGAGCAGUAAAAGUCGAAAGAACCUUGUUGUUCGUGCCCAUGAGUGAACCAAUGUUUUUCGUCUAUCUUCAGUCUUCAAUAAUUGAGACAGAAGUACGGGGAAGUCAAAUAUAUAACCAGUCUUUCAUACAUGCAAGUUACAUCUGAUUAGUCACAACUACUUAUAUACUAAUGCAAGCCAAUCCAUGUCGCGGGUUUAAUUGCUUAAGUCUUCAAUACAUAUACAACAAAGAUAUAUUAAUACCUCCGAAUGCGCCGAAGCUUACGGUCUAGGGAUAAAUAGACACACCUCAAUAGUGUAUGAAAGCACAUAAGAUGUGCGAAGUAUAGCAAUGAAACUGACAUAGGUAAAGGCUAUAAUUAACUAGUAUAAUAUAUUUGAAAUUUACCGUAUCUAGAAGAGUGCGGUAUUAUUCUAAAUAAACGA